ACAGUGAACACGGUCUUGGCUUUAGGGCACAGGCUCGGGAGCCAAUGAGAAGCAGACAUCCACUCCUCUCUGUCCUGCCUGGCUUGGCUCGGCUCGGCGCGCCCUGUAAUUAGGAGCUCUUGCUGGGUUGGGCGCCGCCCGCCACGGUGGACAGCCUGGCUGGCUGCUGCGUCAAGGGAGUUUGGGAACGCCAGCUCCACACUGACUGAGGGCAGCAGGAGUUUAGAGCGAACCGAGCCAACUAAAAAAAAAAAAAAAAAAAAAAAAAAAUCGACUUUCUUUUUAAAAAAUAAAAUGAACGGUCAAUCGUCACCUGUCUUUGAGGAGAAGAAACCGUCUCUGCCCGGCGUGGCGGGGAGCUCCAUCUCCACCAGGGACUCCCCCGCGACCCUGCCGGAGUCCUCCGCCGCCGACGCGGGCUUCUACGGCGGCCAGAGCGCGCUGCACGACCCGCAGGACUUUUACGCAGCGCAGCAGCCGUACGGAGCUGCGCACAUGAACCCGUACACCUACCACCACCACUACAACCUGAACGGCAUGGCGCCCGGCGGCGCGUACGCGGUGGGCAAGGCGGAAUACCCGUACCCGCACGCGGCGUACAGGGAGCACGGAGCCUUCGGCAGGGACGCGCAGGCGGCGCUGCAAGAAGGUGUGAAAGAGGAACCGGAUCUGGAAGUCCGGAUGGUCAACGGGAAACCCAAGAAGGUCCGCAAGCCGCGGACCAUCUACUCCAGCUACCAGCUGGCCGUGCUGCAGAGGAGAUUCCAGUCGGCCCAGUACCUGGCCCUGCCGGAGCGGGCUGAGCUGGCCGCGCAACUGGGCCUCACCCAAACGCAGGUCAAGAUCUGGUUUCAGAAUCGACGCUCUAAAUUUAAGAAGCUCUACAAGAACGGCGAGUUUCCGCUCGGCGACAUGCCCUGUGAACAUAGCCCCGACGCCAGCGACUCCAUGGCCUGCAACUCUCCCCCGUCCCCGGCCGUGUGGGACAACGCCUCUGGCAACAGCAGCAACAACAACAACAACACCAGCAACACAAACAGCAGCAGCAACGGCAUGAGCAGCAUCGGCGACACAAACGCCGGCGGCCUCAAGAACAGCGCAAUGCUAGAUCCCGCCAGCAGGGGUCAGGGUCCGUAUCAGCCCCCAAUCAGCUCCUCUCCCGCUUACAUGGAGGACUUUACGCAGCACAACUGGUACCAGCAGCAGGGGGCGCAGUUAGGCUUGGCGCAGUCAGGUCAGAUACACCACACACCGCCGACGGCGCCAUCAGACGCACAGAGUAUGCGCGCCAUCUACUGAGCCACCGAUCUGGAUGCUCAACACCAUUGGUGCUGAAAAACCAGACCUUUUGUUUGUUUGUUUUUCUCCUCGAGAGGAAUUUCAGCGUUGCUGUAACCCCAAAUGACCUGACGGAGAACAGACUCGAGCAACGACUGGUAGAAACUACAAAUAUAUGAAUAUUUCCUCUGUUUCUCCCAAGCCGGACUGAUAUUUUUGUGGGAGAUCACAUGGAUUGAAGUGUUUUUGCACUGCCUAGUCUGAUAAUAUUUUGUAAAGUAAUUUUUUUAAACAUCUUUUUAUUUUAUUUUAUUUUGUUUCUAUUUGAAUUUUCUCCGUAUUUAACGUAAAAAAAACAACAACUUUUAAUUAUUUGGUCAUUCCAAUAAAUUAUGUUCUGGAUUUGUCUGUCUGUUCCCUACUGAAACGACGUGCUACUGAAACUCACUGCUGGACUUUACCAAACAUAAAGACUAUCAAGGUAAACCUUUUCAUUUCUAUCGGUAUUUAAAAAAAAAAACUUAGUACAGAUUGAUGGACUCAUCUUUGUGUUAAACUGACUAAGACUCAAACUAAGAUUUCCUUAUUUAUUUCUCAUAUAUAUUCUCCUGUAUAGAAACACUGCAAUCAAAUGUAAGUACUGUCACAAUAUUAAAACCUUGUGUAUUUAGGGAAAAAAGAGUCUCAGCUUCCAACUGAGAUGGUAGCUCUGUUUCCAAAUGUCAAGCAAAUUUCGAGCAAACUUUUCAUACGAAGAUGAAGAAGGAAGAAAAGAGAGUUCAUUUACUGGUUUGGUGUGAAUCAAAGAGUGUUGAUGCUGAACACGGCUGCAGACCAGCAUGGACCGGACACAUCAGAAAAACGGGGAGAGAGUCCUCCCAUCUGCACUGGAGGUUUGGACUGGGAGAGUUUGUUACAUUGGAGCUUAUUCUGCAAAUGUGUCUCCGUCUCCCUCUGAGCGCGUUUACUCUUUCUGCCUAAAACCGACUCAAACCAGCCAAAAUAACCCGAGGAAGUUAUUUUGAACUUCGCCGUUUCCAUCCACCGUUUGUGGAGUGGUACUUCAAAAAGUGGCAUUAAAAAUCCUUCAUGGAAAACCGUCUACUUACUCAAUUACUUGUAUUUGCUUCAAAGUUGAAUAAGAGGUAGACAGGAAAACGACUACAACAAAAACCCCACCAGCAACAACUCGGGGAGGGGUUCCUGUACUCAUGGCUCCUCUGUUGUUUAGUGCUUGAACAUUGACCAGCACUGAUCCACCCAGUCUUUUCAUAUUGGUGAACGUUCACAACAGCAGCUUACUUUAGCAAUGAAGCUCAUUUUUAGCAUCAGAACUCUGGGUUCCAAUCGAUGGGCAGACUUUGGAAGGCCCUGUUUGAAUUUCUUCAGAAAUGUUCUAGUUCCUUCUGUAAUCCUGAGCCUUACAUUACACUAUUAACACUGCAGGGAGAAAAAGAUCUUUUCUAACAAUGUUUUUGGGCAUAAAGUUAAUUAUGUCCUCCAACUCAGUCCUGCUGGUGGUGACAGCCAGGCGCAGAGGGAACGGGACUCAGUGACAACACCAAAACUGUAAUCCUAAUGGACGAUUUGUUCACUCAAAGCCUCAUUAUAACAGAAUAGAAAUCAUUCAUGCGUAUCAGAAAUGUCUUUUUCUGAGUCGAAGUUCAUUUCUUUUCGAAGCCGUCAUGACAUUUGGAAUUUGUCCUCAUCUGCGCCGGCAGUGCAGCCCUUCAGGGGAACUUUAAAUUCACUCACCUGACACCUCGCCUGGUGCUCCUCAUGUCACCGUCUCUGUUUCUCUGCCUCUCCAUUCACUCUGUGCUCUUCACUUCUCUCACUGAGAGCAAAUCUUAUCACAAGCGGUUUGAUGUUCAAGCAAAAGGGGCUGCGAAGUUUUCCAACAGCCACCCAGACUUCCCACCUUCGGGAAAAACAUUAAUUGUCUCAAGAAAAUUCUUCACAACGGACACAAACAGGAGAGAACUGAAGGGUGAAGCAAACUCUUCCCACCUGCAACUGUGGAGACGCUCCUGUUAGCGUGAGGAUGACAUGUCGUGUCUUUAUUAUUUAAACAGACUUAUAAACUACUUGUCUUAAAUUAAGUCAUCUUGACUGAAUUCCUAAACAAAACAGGGAGCAUGAAGACAACUGCUUUCUGUGGUUCAACCGUAAUUUGUCCCAAAGACUCUAUGGUAACCUGUACCAGACAUACUGUAAUGUGUUUCAUGUAAAUACGAUGUGAAUAAAUGAAAUAAGGAA